AAUCCGUAUAUGUGUGAAAGUAACUGGGUAUUGGCAUUUUGUGACAAUACUAAUUGAGAGAAGGGAUUAAUGCAAAAAAAAAAAAUGAGUUUGUAUAAAUUUAUGCAUUAAUUCUUCUUGUAUCUUUUGCCUUGUAUUCUAUACAAUGGAUAACAUUGGAGUACAAAGUGGCAAACCUACCUUUAUGGAGGAAAUAAGUCAAUGUCAGGAUAAAACAACACUAUUUGGACAUUCCGUGAACGUUAUAGGUAGACUGACAGUGCAUGAGGUCGGCACUUGCUUGGCAAAACUUGCAGAUUCUCAGAGUAAAUCAGAAAUAUGUAUAGACACGUCACUGAUAGAGCCUUUCGAGGCAAGGUUUGGUUCCCUGUUCAAUAUGAUAGGAGAGCUGGAAGCUGGGAACCAGAAUGAUAUUGUGUUGAAGGCACGUGUUGUCAGGUGUGUAGAUGGACUGGAUCUGUCUCUGUACAGAAAGGCAAUAGAAAGCCAGAGAAAAUAUUUGGAGCUAAGAAAUGCAGUUUGACCAAGGCUUGCUUUUUCUUUUAGACAUUCAAGCGACAUUUGUUUUUCCUACAUGCAUCUGAAAUUUUAACAUUCCAUUACACAAUCAUCUUUUUAUCAAAACUUGAUUGCUUAGGCAGGCAAAAUUUUAUUUCAAGUUGUUUUAGUUACUUACAUGUUUUUGGCCAGCCUGAAAUAUAGAUCAUAUAUCAUGGUCAUAUCCAUUUUUAUACAUUGAACAAUCACCAUGAAAUAAAUAUGCAUGUAUGAAAAUUAAUAAAUUGUUUGAUUUUUGUGUUAAACUAUCAGGGGAAACAAUCCUUUGUUAUUUUGUGUGAUGAUUUUUUUUCUUGUACUGUCUCUUGUUCAUUGUCGGAUUACAGAUUAAAUAAAUCAAGCACUAGUUAUUUUUCAAGAAUAAAAUUUCAUUGUGCAAAAUGACCAAAAAAGUGUUGCAAUGCUUUUCACUCAUAUUUGGCUUAGAAACUCUAAAAAGAGAUGUUCAGUUUAAUGCUAAGAAAAUCUCUUUAUUUUUAUUCUUUGCAUAGUGCUACAGUUUUAUGUAAGAAUUUUAAAUUUUAUGUUUUUAGGCGUUUUGACCUCAGAGGUGCUCCUUAAACAUUAAACCAGAUGAUGUAUCUACAUGUAAUACUGUUGGAAGUAUAGCCAUAUUUAUACAUACAACAUGUAUACUGUGUGAUACAGAAAGGUUAUUUUUUCUUAAUAAGAAACAUGAUUUAGUAUUUUACGUUGACCAAAAAGAAAAAGCAAACUACAUUUUCUUGGACGCUACUGUUUGCAGUUAACAUAUUUGUUGCAAAUGUAAAAGGAAAUACAUGAAGCACUCAUUCUUUUUUCUGAAAGAAUAUUUAGUUGUACACACCUGUGCCUGUGGUCAUAAGUUUUAGAUGUUAUAUUUUCAAAACUUGUUUCCUACAAGGUUUUCAGACUUCUUACACCUUUUCUUUCUCUGAUGAUAGGUUGCUAACUCUGCAAAGUUCUACAUUUUAACUGAGGUGUGAAAGUACAGUUGAUAACUUAAUUCAUUGGACAUUUGAUUCCCUGAGAUCACGCCUGGUAAAAAACAGCUACUUGUUCCUCUCUUUGAGGUAUACAGUAAACUUUGUUGGCAAAAAUCUCAAGAAAUUGUCAAGAAAAUAAAACAAGGUCAUGUAAAAAAUGUGUAGUUUAUAAAAAUGUCAAGAUUAUCCAAUGAAAAGCCAUGUGGAACAUGGAGGGCACCAUUUUUCUGAUAUUUAUAUUGAUAUAUUAAACACUUAUUGUCAUUGAUUUUGCUUAACUCUUAACAUACUAAAUAUCAUGAAUGAACUUGUCAGUUGUUCAAUCU